AUGAAAUUCAUCGUACUCUUUGUGCUUUGCUUCGUGGCUCUGGCUACUGCAGCUCCCCAAUUCUUCACCUGGCCUGGAUUUGUGGCCCCGUAUGCCCCUUAUGCCUCUAGAACUGUCGUCGCCGGCCCAACUGUCGUAAAUGGCUUUGGUUGGGGCGAUCGUUUCAUCGCUCCCGGAGUAGUUGGCGCUGCGGUCGUCUAA